AUGACCAGAGGCCUAUUUAUUUUAUUCGAGGGCUGCGAUCGCAGUGGCAAGACCACACAGAGCACGCGCCUCGUGCAGGCGCUCAACGACUCGGGCAUCAAGACCAAGCUGCUAAAGUUCCCUGAUCGCACCACGGCUAUCGGGAAAAUGAUUGACGGGUACUUGACACAAAAUACCAAGCUCAGCGACCAGGCCAUCCACCUGAUGUUUUCUGCCAACCGCUGGGAGGCCAUGGAGCAGAUGCAAGCCGAUCUUGAAAGCGGCAUAACGCUGGUCGUUGAUCGGUAUGCAUAUUCGGGUGUGGCGUUUUCGGCGGCCAAGAAGCUCGACUUUAAGUGGUGCAAGGCUCCCGAUGUUGGGCUUCUGGCUCCAGACCGUGUGUUUUUUAUGGAUAUUCACCCCGACGACGCAGCCAAGCGGGCUGGGUACGGCGAGGAGAUAUAUGAGAGGAGGGAGUUUCAGAUCGAGGUGCGCGUCAAGUUCUUCACCAUGAUGGACAAGGCUUGGUCAAUUGUGGACGCCAACAAGGAUAUGGACGAGAUUCACAGGCAGAUUUUGUUUUUGACGAAAAAGGCCAUCCAGAAGCAAGAGGAAGGCCUGGCCCCCAUUGGAAGGUUGUGGGUGUAA